CCCUCCAUUGCCUCGAAAAGUCCCAUGAGCACCCUCCCCCACUCCACAGCUGGGAGGCACUGGAUAUCAAAACAAAACCACUCAGCGGACAAAAUCUGUCUGGAAAAAGCGGCCGGAAAGGAAUACUCUGCUUGCUUCAAAUGCCUCAACCUUUCACAGAAGAAUUGCUGUAGCGAUUCUUGAACAAAGGCCAAAACCAAGCAUAACGAAGCAAUCAUGGGUCUGCAGCGAUGCACUGGUCUCCACCCGUUACUAUGCAUCACCAUAAUCCUGACCACGUGGCACAGGAACUCGGGAUGCCGUACAGGAACAUGGUCAGAAUGUGAGAAAGCACCCUUUGUGCCUGGCUAUAACCUGGCAGGAGAGGGCUUUGACGUGGUCCGGAUGCGCCGCAAAGGUGCCUAUGUGCUAAAUGUUAAAUCCCACAUGGUUGACAAUCACACCUGCACGGUAUGCGAGAACCGCUUCCGGGGAGGGCAGGUGCAGAAACUGCCCUCAGCGGUGCUGGACUGGCGUCCUUUUAGUCGCUGCAACAAACAGCUAUCGAGCACUCUUCACCAUUCUAUUGACACCCUCAUCAAGAGCUCAACAUCACUAAUCAACAAUAACUGGGCAAUGGACCUGAGCCUUGAUGAUCUGGGCAAGGUGAUCUUAGGAGGAAGUCAUUCAGAUAUAGCCAAGUUUGCUCAAUCACGGCACAUGAUGGAUAAGGCGACCUUUGCCCUUCAUGAGAUCAACUGCAUAUAUUACAGUUACAGGGUAACGGAUCACCCAGAGCUGAGUGCGGAAUUCUCCAAGCAUGUACUUCGACUACCUAGACAUUAUGAUGAGAAAACAAAAUCCCUGUACCGCAGGACUAUUGACACAUAUGGCACGCACUAUAUCCGUCACGUCCAUCUAGGGGGACGUGUGAGACGAGUCACGGCUUUUCGAACCUGCCUUGCAACUUUAAAAGGCUUCUCAGAGUCAGAGAUAAAGAAAUGCCUGAACUUUGAGUUAAAAAUGACUCUAGGGUUUGUUCCUGCAAAUGCAUCUCUUUCUAUUAAAUGCUCAGAAAUCCUCAAGGAUAACAUGAACAUGGGUUUCUACCAGGGCUUCAUGACACACAACAUUGAGGUCUUGGGUGGUGAAAAAUACUUUCCAGACCUUGUGCUCCAUCAAAGUCCAUCUGAGGCAUACAUAAGCUGGAUGGACAGCUUGCAUGAGAACCCAGAUGUCAUUUCAUAUGCUAUUUUUCCGCUCCAUCACCUGGUAACUGACUCAGAGCUGAGUGCCAGUCUGAGGAGAGCAGUGACUGAAUACAUUGAAGAGAACAUGCUUCCUGUGGAGAAGCAGAACCAAGAUUGCACCCCAGCGCCAAACCUGGACCACCACUGCUGUCCUCUCAGAGCAGGGCGUGGCACCUUGAGAGUGGCAGUGCAGCGAGCUGCAGGCCUAAAGGCAGACCUCUUCACUCGUACAGACGGGUACGUGAAAGUAUGGUACAAUAACAUGUAUGAAGAGACUGAAGUCGUGAUGGAUGACAACAACCCAGAAUGGAACAUUAGUUAUAAUUUUGGUUCAAUAGAGUUCGGCCAUGAGUUAAUAUUUGAAGUGUGGGACAGUGAUGUCUUUUACAAUGAUCUGGUUGGAAGAUGUGUGGUCCAUCCGGAACGAGGGAUUCACUCACACAGCUGUAAACUAAAGAAAGGAGUUUUUUACUUCACCUACAGCGCCAUGUGUGAUGCUCACCUGACUGGCCAUAAGUGUGGAAGAUACUCUCCAAAACCAUAA